CUCCAAGUCCGUCGGACGUGACCUCGUCAACGAGGUACUUGAUGAGUUCCGUCGCCAUUUCGGUCAAGCCCCUCGUCUCUUCGGCGACGGAUGGGUGGUCGUUAUUUGUGUCUGCGCAGGGGGCACCGCCUGGUUGGGUCCCUCCAGAUGAGCGAGCCGGACUCAAGCCAGACGACCUACACUACAGAGUGGGUGCUGACCACACUGCUGCUGAUGCUAGUGCCCCGCUUGUCUGCCUAGUCGUGCGCACCGCCUUUGCAUUGGGAAGAAGAGGCAGGCGACCAUGCAAUGACGGCGGAGCAGAGGAGGCAGCAGCAACUCGACGAGGUGCGGCUGCUCCGGGCCUCAGUCGGCGAGGACGAGUUUGUGUGGCGCGGGUUCGAGGAAGACGCUGCUAGGAUGGCACGAGCUGUCGUCGAGGAGGACGGCCUCGAAGAUGAUGGAAGCGCCAUAGAGUUUGGGCUCCGGCUUCAUUCACAGCCUGAACUCUGGCUCAUCGUCGAGUUUCCGCAGCUCAAGGGCGAUGAAGCUGCAGGCGUGCGAAUGUAUCUCACGGCACCCGAUUUGGGUCGCUCGUCGCUGGAGCAGCUCAAGGCAGUCCUCGCUACACACGAGCGAGAGGCCAGGGAAGAGGGCUUCGACAAUGUCGUCUUUGAUAGCUUCACCGCUGUGCAGUCCUACCUCUCUGAUCACCCUGAGCUGGUCGAGACAGCCAAAGAUGCUGAGAAGCAGGAGGCGGAGGCGGAGGCGGAGGUGGAGGAAGUCAAGCAAAAGAGUGGUCAGGUCAACGACAAGCAGCAGCGAGUCACAGACGAGGUUCGCAUGGCCCGAGUCAUCUUCUGGACUCAUCACCUCAAGGCACCCUCCAAGAAGCGGGACAUGGCCAGCUGGUGCGCGGAGCUCGACGUGUGGGGCCUCGUCAAGUCGGGCUACCCAGGCUUCCUCUGCUUUGAGGGCCAAGAAGACGAUGUUGGGGAGAUGGUGCGGCGCAUCAAGGCGCUGCAGUGGCAUGCAAUUACCGUCAAGACGGAUGAGCGAUAUGGCUUCACGCCACCGCCAGGGUCAGCCGAUGACAAUGCAAACGUGGCUGCGCUUCUCUGCUGCCGGCUUGCCACAGGCCACACCGCUCGGCCGGAUAAGAAACAGGACAGGGAGGCCAAGGUGCGCCCGGGUAUGGACGAGGUCGAGAGCAUCAAGGAGCUCCUCGAGCGGCUGGAAAUGGCGGAUGUACCCAACGACGAGUACCAGUAUGCACUGGCCCUGAGGACGAAAAGGCAGCUGCAUGCUGAUGGGCCUCUGACUCGGCCGUAGCAAGGCCCUGGAGGGGGAAACGCAGUCGAUUCCUCCCCACAGCCUCCCAAACAACAACGAAGAGCCGCCCGAUCGGAGCUCAGGUGGAGCCCAUCGGAGGUCGCGGAGCCAACUAGAGGAGCAAGAGGCGAGCAAAAGGGAGCAAAAGGGUCUAUUUGCCUGAGCCUGGAUCGAGCUGGGCGACAAUUUCUUUUUCACUCGGACGAGUGAAGCUUCCCGUCGGCGAAAGGACGCAGGAGAGGAGGAAAUUAAGAAAUAAAAGGUGGGGG